AGCGGGCAAGGACGCGAUUCCGCCAUUUUGGAGUUUUUUUCUCUGUUGUUCAAUUAAUAUUGUUUGUAGUAUUCGCCGGCACAAGUGAUUUCAAUUUAUUAAAAUUAUUUAAUUGAAGGUGCGUAACAUUGUUUAGUAAGGCUUUUAAAAAAUUACACCAGAGAUAUGAAGAGAUUUAAUGAUGGACAUUCUAAUGCUCCAUUCAAAAGACCCAAAAUGGGACCUGAUGAUAUAGAAUUAAGAGUUCUUAUUCCAAGCAAGGUUGCUGGAUCAAUUAUUGGUAAAGGUGGAUUCAAUAUAUCAAGACUCAGGACUGAUUACAAUGCCACAGUCACUGUCCCAGAUUGCCCGGGUCCUGAACGAAUUUUAACUAUCAUAUCAAGUAAUGAAAAUGUACUUAAAGUUUUGGGUGAAGUAAUGUGCAAUUUAGAAGAUGGUGGAUCUCGCUUUAAACGUGGUGGACCUGGUGGAGGUGGUGGUGGUCAAGGAAAUAAUGAUCAAGGAGAAACUGAUGUUGAUGUCAGGAUGUUAGUGCACCAAAGUCAGGCUGGAUGUAUUAUAGGAAAAGGUGGUUUGAAAGUUAAAGAGCUUAGAGAAAAAACUGGAUCUCGUAUUAAGAUUUAUACUAGUUGUUGUCCAAUGAGUACAGAUCGUGUCGUGCAAAUUACUGGAAAGCCUAAUACAUGUUCAGAUUGUGUUCGAGAAGUAUUGGAUCUUUUAAAAACUGCACCAGUAAAAGGAGCAGAAGAUCCUUAUGAUCCUAAUAAUUUUGAUGAAUAUUAUUCUGAUGAAUAUGGUGGUUAUGGUAAUCCAGCUGGUGGUGGUAUGAGAGGUGGAAAUAUGAAUCGUGGACCACCUGGACCGGGUAGAUUCCAAGGAGGAGGCGGUCCUAUGAAUAACCGCGGAAUGUUAGUUAUAUAUUUAGUUAGUUAUAUAUUUAUAUGUACCAUUAAAAUCUUUUUUUUUAGGGGCGGUGGACGUGGAGGAGGAGGAUAUGGUGGUGGUUUUGGCAAUCAUGGAGGUGGUAACUAUGGUGGAAAUGCUGGAGGAUAUGGUGGUGGACCAGGUGGAUAUGGCAACAAUGGGUCUGGUAACUUUGGUGGUGGCGGUGGUUAUGGUGGUGGUUUUGAUGAUGGUCCCAUGAAUGAUUUUAGUAUGCCUCCUCCAGCUAUGGGUGGUGGAGGUGGAAAACCUGCAGCUUUUAAUGGCUCAACACAAGUCACAAUUCCAAAAGAUCUCGCGGGCGCAAUAAUCGGCAAGGCAGGCGCUAGAAUACGCCGAAUUCGCCAAGAUUCAGGAGCCGGAAUCACAAUUGGCGAACCAACUGAAGGCUCAGAUGAACGAAUAAUCACUAUUAAUGGCACAGACAGUCAAAUACAAAUGGCACAGUAUCUUUUACAACAAUGUGUUCAAGCUCAAAAGCCUGGAGGACCUGGUGGAGAUGGUUUCAUGUAAAAGCCAACACAGUUACUUCAUUACUAAUAAAUAAUGAUAAAAAUCACAAUAUUAUACACCAUUCAAUCUAUAUAAUUAGUAAAAAUCUAGAUCCUCAUAUACGUCUGUUGUUUUAAAUUGUCUUUUUUUAAACUCAAUGAGUAAUUGUAACUAAUUGUUGUUUUAUUGCCAGUAUCAGUUGUUUGUGCUUUGAUAAACUUUUCAAUUUUUAAUUUUUUUUUGUAAAUAUAUGACAUUUAUUUUCAGUAGAGAUUCCUUAUUUCUAACCAAUACAUGUAAAGGUUUUUUUUAUUGAUAAACGUACUCUAAAACAUUGCAUUAAACAAGUUUUGAAUUGCUAA